AUGUCUGGGACCGAAAAACUGCCAAUGUUUGUGAUAGGAAAGUCUGCGCAGCCGUGCUGUUUCAAAAACGUGAAAUCACUCCCCACUACGUAUAAAGCUAACAAAAAUGCAUGGAUGACUUCUGAAAUUUUCACUGAAAGGGUACGCAAGUUAGACUCGGAUAUGACUCGAAACCAGAGAUCAAUCAUGUUAAUUGUGGACAACUGUCCCGCGCAUCCAAAGAUCAAUGGACUGAAAUCAGUAAAGCUAGUGUUUCUUCCUCCGAAUUCAACCAGCGUCACGCAACCUAUGGAUCAAGGUGUUAUAAGGAACUUAAAAGUGCAUUACAGAAAACAAGUGAUUACAAGAAAGAUUCGCGCCUUGGAUAAUGGGACUGAUAUGUGUAUCAAUGUCUUGGACGCGUUACGCAUGUUACACCAAGCCUGGGGGUGUGUGACCCAGGCAACUAUCACGAACUGUUACCGGCGUGCGGGCUUCAAAGCAUGUGAGGAACAGGUUCCCGUACCUGUGCCGUUACCGGAAACAGAUUCCGAGGAAAUUGACGACGAUAUAUCCUUAGCCCACUUGUCGCGUUUGAUAAAGGGUGCUACUAUGGAACAGUACGUGGAUGUUGAUAUUCAGGUACCAACAUGUGAAGAAGAAAAUGAGCGACGACGAAGAGGAAACCACGGAGGUGGUACAGCCGCGACCAAAUCUGGAGUCUGCAUUGAAUGCGUGUGA